AUGGGAAGUAAUCAGUCUACCAGAGCCACGCACUUCCAACGUCCUCCAAAUCCACAACCACCGAAGGUUGAUGAAGAGGAGUUAGAUGAUAACCGAAUCAGCAUUUCAAAUAAAAUGGUAGAACGUUUAGUAGAAGAUGCGACACUGAAUGGAUCUGCGCACCCUACAAGUCCAAAUUCUACCUUUGGUGAUUUUAAAGAAAAGAUUUAUAUAGAAAAACUCAAGUGUCUGGAUGACACGCAUUCAGAACGGCUUGGGAUAACCGUGGACGAAGUAAAAGCAAUGACGAAUCGUAUAGAAAUGCGUACAGCUAAUAUGGUUAGCGUUGAGCCAGUAUGCGCUGAUUACAAACAAAUUGUUAUUGACUGCUACAACAGUACAAGUUCCCCAUCUGAAGCAGCGGAGUGUUGGGAUGCUGUCGGUGCCUUCACUCAAUGCGUGCAAGAAGCAGGCGCAGACCGCUUGCGUGCACGUACCGAACGCGAUGCACGCGAUCAAGAGCGACGCUCGCGUCACGUGGCACAUGCAAGGGUACACGCUCUUAAGGAACUCUCGGGAGCUCACGGAGAUUCUCCUAAUUAUGAACGAUGA